CGGCCGGCGGACGGCGCUGUGGAAGUCCGUUUGCUGAACGUAGGUAUUGAAAAUGGAACCGCUGUUCAGUCCGGCUCUUCAUAGACAGAGACACCAGUUUGUCAUCGACUUUGUCAAAAGAAACAAACCCCGAAAGGUCGUGGACCUGGGUUGUGCUGAGUGUACCCUCCUAGAAAAGCUCAGGUGGUUUCAACGUGAAAUUGACCUUCUGGUCGGAGUGGACAUCGACGGGACCAAAGUCAAGAAAAAGAUGCAUGCAUUAGCUCCUAUGGCAACUGACUACCUGCAGCCCAGUUAUGAACAGCUGUGCGUUGAGCUCUACCAGGGCUCAGUCACACAAAAAGAUGCACGCCUCAGAGGAUUUGAUCUGGUGACCAGUAUAGAACUCAUAGAACACCUCACUCUGGAUGAUGUGGAGUGUUUCUCUGAGGUGGUGUUUGGUUACAUGAACCCGGUGGACGUUAUCAUCAGCACCCCAAACUCUGAGUUCAACCCUUUUCUCCCCGGACUGUCAGGUUUCAGGCACAGUGACCACAAGUUUGAGUGGACCAGAGCCGAAUUCAAGACAUGGGCUCAGACGGUGUGUUUGAAGUUUGGUUACGAGGUGGAGUUCACUGGUGUUGGAGCGGCACCACCAGGGCAGCAGGAGAGCGUUGGAUUUUGCUCUCAGAUUGGCGUGUUUCACCGGCUUGAGGGAAAAGAUGGAUGCAACAUGUUGCGCUGUGACAAUGCAGAGGAUGUAUUUGCAUACACACUGCUCUACAGUAUAAACUAUCCCAGCCUGCGUGAUAACAACAUACUGCGAAGGGUCCUGGUGUGCGAGGUCUUACGUUGGACAGAAAAUCUGAAGAGUAGAUGGUCAAUGAAGACGACUUGUGAUGAGGCAUUGUGUGGAAUUGAAGGAGGAGAAGAGGAGUGUCUCUCAGAGCGAUGUAUGGAGGUGGAAGAGGAGCAGACAGUGUGUGGAGCAGAGAUGAGAGAGCUGAUGGGACCCUGUGAGAAAGAUUUGUCCAAGGAUCAGGAAAAUGAUUACUCCAAAUUACAGCGCAGGUGUGAGUCUGUACCUCUGGAAGUCUUGUGGUCUCACUGUCCCAAAGUCAGUGCCCUGAGUGGAAGUCUCGAUAAUCUCAGGCGUAUACUAACAGAUGAUCCUGAUGUCAAUCUGAGCCAAGACGGCAAUGCUGUGCUCUUACAGUAUGAUGAACAAGACCUCGGGGAAAAGGAGGAGCAGGAUGAUCUGCAGGACAGCGGGUAUGCAGAGGCCAGGCAGCACUGCCUCACUGCUGAGCAAGAGGAAGACUGGGGGGCAAAUGUUUGAUCAGGAGGAUGCAGCUUGUUUUCCAGGACAAGUAGGUCAGUUCAUCAGAUUCAAGUGUAAAAAGUCCCCGUUGGACAGUCUGCACAGAGGCUUAUUUGGUCUGAAGCUCGAUGUUUUGAGUAUUAAAAAUGGCAUGAAAACACAAAAUCCUUUGGUCUCUAAAAUAUGAGUGCAGAGUGAAAGCCACUUGCACAAUCCAAAUGUAAACAUUUAUUCAUAAUGAUCAAUCAGACAAACGCUGUAACUUGCACACAGGUUGGGAGGAGAUGUAUACACCUGGAGGCUUUUGAACAGUUUUAUUCAGUGCAUGGUACACAUUUGAAGCAUCCAGCACACUUGUUAAGGAAGCAAACGUUGGUCAAAAAAAUACAAGUCUCUAACAGGAAAUACUGGACAGUGUCAGAACAGCGCAGAACAUCACUCUACAGGAGAAUAAUACAUUUUACAGUUUUAUACAGACAACAGCUUCACAGAAGAGAAGAAGCAACCAUGUUUGUAACAACAUGUUAGGUACCAAGAUGAAUAUACCUGGUUCACACAGGCAUAAGUAACUUUGAUCCAAAAAGACAAAAAAGGGACAAAAAAAAAUUGGUAGUUUAUAAUUGGUAACUAUAUAUAUAUAUUUUUUUUACAUGUAACACUGUCUUAGCUAUGUCUGGGGGAUGGUUUAUCUCCCCCCCCCCCCAAAUAAAAUGUUUAGCAAAAAUAUGGCACAACAUCAGCAAUGAAAUAUGACUUUCAGCACAGGGACAUUAAAACCAUGCUGAACAUAAAAAAAAAAAAACAACAACACACACGCACAUAAAAUGAGAACACUGAUUUACAAUUACACACCGACAUAAUGUGCAGAUAUCGUCUUUGAACAGCAAGCAAUGAGAAGAAAAUGACUGCCUUCAUGCGAAAGAGGCAAACAAAACGGUGUCUUCUGUGUAGAAAGGUAAAGUUUAACACAUGGCACAGUAUGAAAAAGAAAA